AUGAAAGAAGCUCUUACUGCCUCUAAUGUCACACACACGGAAUGCGGGGACCCAGUUCGAGAUGACACUUCUUUGAGCAUUGUUGUACCAGCAGCUGGGAUGAGCAUAUUCGUGGUGCUCCUAAUUUUGAGACUUUACGCGCGCCUAGUGGUCGCUAAAAUGGAAAUGGGAUUAGACGAUUGGGCAACUAUCUUCCUAGGAGUUUGCGCUGUCCCCGUCAAUGUCGGCUCGAUAACGCUGGGGAAAGCCGGUCUAGGGAAGGAUAUCUGGACGCUCGAAUUUAGCAAGAUUACUCGGGUUCUCUACCUUUUCUAUAUCCAAGAGAUGCUCUAUAUCAUCUGCGUCUCCCUCGUCAAGAUCUGCUUCCUGCUAUUCUAUCUCCGAAUCUUCCCCUCCGAUCGAACCCGUCGCAUCAUCAAAAUUUCAUGCGCCGUCACAAUUGCAUACGGCUUGGCAUUCCUCUUCGUAUUCGCAUUCCAAUGCUCGCCUGUUAGCUACAACUGGAAUAGCUGGGAUGGAACUCACGAGGGGUCCUGCGUGCAAACCAAUACCAUGGUUGUCACUGCUGCAGCAUUGAACAUUGUACUGGAUAUCUGGGUUAUUGCUCUACCGAUUCCCCAGGUCUUGAAGCUUCAAGCCUCCAUCACGACGAAGCUCCAGGUCGUAUUCAUGUUUUCUGUUGGUUUCUUAAUUACUGGUGUUGGUAUAUAUCGCGCAGUCAUGCUCAAGAUGUUCGCAAACAGCACCAAUCCAACAUGGGACGACGCCGCUGGCGGCUACUGGUCCGUAAUCGAGAUCGACGUUGGAAUCUUCUGCUUAUGCAUGCCCGCCAUGCGAUCCUUGCUUGGUCGCCUAAUCCCAUCUGUGUUUGGCACGACAAGAGACGCUAGCAACAUGCAUUCGAGUAGUCAGAAGAAAAUUCGUGCUUCGGUUAGUGGACGGGACACGAGUUUUGUUCAUUUGAUUGAGAUGGAUAAUCAUGAGGAUGGGAAGGUCCGGCCAGAUACUUAA